UUUGCCUUAUCGGCUUCCGUACGAUGUCGUGGCGUUUCCUAUCUUGCUGAAUUAGUGUUAGCUUGUCAGCUACCAACAAAAAUAGCUACAGCUGCUCGGAUAAAAUCUCUGACAUUAGCUAUCACCUUAAAGAUAGGAUAUCUUUGAUAGAAUAUAUCAAAAUGAGACGCGCAGGUUUGGGCGAAGGAGGACCUGGAAAUUAUGUGGCCAGCGGGUACAGCGCGUAUGAAGAGGAAAAUGAACACUUACAAGAGGGUCUGAGAGCCAAAGUCAGCGCCUUGAAACAUCUGUCAAUAGAUAUUGGAACCGAAGUGAAGUACCAGAACAAAAUGUUGGAUGAUAUGGACUCAGACUUUGACUCAACAGGUGGUUUGCUGGGGGCCACCAUAGGGAGAGUGAAGCAGCUUUCCAGGGGAAGCCAGACCAAGCUCCUGUGCUACAUGCUGCUCUUCUGCCUCUUCGUCUUUACCAUCCUCUACUGGUUUAUCAAACUGAGGUGAUACGUUACAGGAUGCCCCAGCUUUUCCCUCCCUGCCUCCUUCCACUGUCUGUGCCAUAAGUCCGCCACUGGAUCAGAAGACCAGGAUGAUGAUGAUCAAAUCAAAUGUUAAAAUCAAAUUGUCACACGUGCCGAAUACAAGUGUAGACCUUACCGUCAAAUGCUUACUUAGGAGCCCUUAACUAACAGUGUGACAAUAGGGGGUAAUAAUGCAUGGCUGUCAUUCAUUUUAGACAGCCCUGAUGGAAUGAAUAGACACCGCCAUAAGCUCAUGAUUGUAACGAUGUCCAUUAACGAUGAGGUAUAUUCUAGGUUAAUUUGUAACUGAGUGAUCUAGUUCAUCAGCGAUCUGGUAAGGCUAAGCAGUAACAUACAGUGCAUUUGGGAAAGUAUUCAGACCCCUUGACCUUUUCCACAUUGUUACAUUACAGCAUUCUAAAAUAGAUUCAAUUGUUUUUCAUCAAUCUAAACACUAUCCCAUACUGACAAAGAAACAACAGGUUUAGAAAUCUUUGCAAAUUCAAUAAAAACAGAUUACAUUUACAUAUUCAGACCCUUUACUCAGUACUUUGUUGAAGCACCUUUGGCAGUGAUUACAGCUUGGAGUCUUCCUUGGUAUGACUCUACAAGCUUGGCACACCUGUAUUUGGGGAGUUUCUCACAUUCUUCUCUGCAGAUCCUCUCAAUCUCUUGUCAGGUUGAAUGGGGAGCAACGCUGCACAGCUAUUUUCAGGUCUCCAGAACUAUUAGAUCAAGUUCGGCCUCUGGCUAGGCCACUCAAGGACAUUCAGAGACUUGUCCCGAAGCCACUCCUGCGUUGUCUAGGCUGUGUACCUUUGCCCCAGUCUGAGAUCCUGAGCAGGUUUUCAUCAAGGUUCUCUUCUGUUCAUCUUACCCUCAAUCCUGACUAGUCUCCCAGUCCCUGCUGCUGCCAGGGUUUUCUCCAGAUGUGAUGCUUGGCAUUCAGGCCAAACAGUUCAAUCUUGGGUUCAUCAGACCAGAACAUCUUGUUUCGUGGUCAGAGUCCUUUAGGUGCUUUUUGGCAAACUCCAAGUGGGCUGUCUUGUGCGUUUUACUGAGUUGUGGUUUUCGUCUGGCCACUCUACCAUAAAGGCCUGAUUGGUGGGGUGCUGCAGAGAUGGUGGUUCUUCUGGAAGGUUCCCCCAUCUCCACAGAGAAACUCUGGAGCUCUGUCAGUGACCAUUGAGUUCUUCAUCACCUCCCUGACCAAGGCCCCACUCCCAUAAUUGCUCAGUUUGACCAGGCUGCCAGCUCUAAGAAGAGUCUUGGUGGUUGGAACUUCUUCUAUUUAAGAAUGAUGGAGGCCAUUGUGUUCUUGGACAUUCAAUGCUGCAGACAUUUUUUUGGUACCAUUCCCAGGAUCUGUGCCUUGAAACAAUCCUGUCUCAGAGCUAUAAGGACAAUUCCUUCCUUGCUUUUUGCUCUAACAUGCACUGUCAACUGUGGGACCUUAUAUAGACAAGUGUGUGCCUUUCCAGAAUCAUGUCCAAUCAAUUGAAUUUACCACAGGUGGACUCCAAUCAAGUUGUAGAAACAUCUUGAUGAUCAAUGGAAACAGGAUGCACCUGAGCUCAAUUUUGAGCCUCAUAGCAGAAGGUCUGAAUAAAUAAGUUUUUUCUGUUUUUAAUUUGUAAUAAAUUAGCAAAAAUGUAUUUUCACUUUGUCAUUAUGGGUAUUGUGUAUAGAUUGAUGAGGGGGAAAAAAUAAUUUAAGCCAUUUUAGAUUAAGGCUGUAACAUUACACAGUGGGAAAAGUCAAGGGUUCUGAAUACUUUAUGAAUGCACUGUAUAUAUAAAUGCGACUAAGCUCUCUAGGCUGAGUCACUGAGGAACUCUCCAGUGCAUGAUUCAUAAUGCUAUUUGUAUGCAAGUGUGAUCGAUGUCAUGAUCUCGAAGAGACUGCUUGAUCCAGUGUGACACUUGACAGUUGAUCAAUAGUGCUCAACUGUAGAGUUCCACUAUAAAAACACACCUUGUAUAUUUGUUUUGAGGAAUAAAUUUUAAGGGUACACUCUCCCUUCAAAACGUUUCUUAUCCGGUCUACAGCGAACAUUCAUCUCCACCACGACACACUGUUCUCCCAUGAACAACAUUCAUGUAAAUGUGUUUUAUAUGUAAAUAAACAAGAUGUGUGUUUUGAAUUUGA